GCAACCUCGGAACUUUAAGCGGCAUGCCCGCUGCUGGCUCUUGGAAAUAGGUUGCAGCCUUGCAUCAUUCCGCUUCCCUCGACACAAGGCUGUCUAAUAUUGAGUUUGCUUCGCAAAUGUCAACCGCUUGGUCAUGCACACCAAGAGCUUGAAACCUAGUUGCAUGCCCGUGACACAUCAGAUUUAUCAUUUCUGCGAUCGAACAUGCAUGAGCCAACAUGAAUUUGCUUCUCUCCGAUGACUACCUGCUCCAGGAUUACCCCGAGAAUAUCACCAACACGAUCCGGUCGGGUCACACAACAUGCCUGCGCUUCAACCGAAAGGGCGACUACCUGGCCUCCGGUCGCGUCGAUGGAACCGUCGUCGUCUGGGAUUUGGAGACCAUGGGGGUAGCCCGGAAGCUACGAGGACACCGGGCGGCCAUCGCUUCCUUGAGUUGGUCGAGAUGCGGGCAAUACCUGCUCUCAGCUUGUCAGGGAUGGAGAGCUGUUCUCUGGGACCUUGCAGAUGGUACGAGGUAUCGCGAGGUGCGGUUUCGCGCCGGAAUCUAUACUGCUGAUAUACAUCCAUGGAAUCAUCAUCAGUUCGUCGCCUCCAUUUUCGACCAAGGAGCCUGUCUCGUCGACGUGAGGAAUCCGAUCGAUGUCAAGCAUACCCUCCCCUCUGCGCCGAAACGAACCAACACCGACGCGGACGCCGCGACGAAGGAGAAGCAGGCAAAGGAAGACGCCAAGCAGAUGACCACGGCGACAAUAUACACAGCGACGGGCGAUCACAUAAUUGCGGGCACGAAUAAGGGCAAACUGAAUGUGAUAGAUGUCAACACACAUGAGAUCAUAUGGUCCGAGAAGAUCUGCGGCUCGGUCAUCACCACCCUGAAGUUGACGGCAUCGGGCAAAGACCUCCUGGUCAACUCGCAAGAUCGCAUCAUACGUACGCUGCACGUACCGAACCUAUCGGCGGAAGACCUCGACCCAGACACUCUGCAAAUACCUCUUGAGCACAAAUUCCAGGACGUGGUAAAUCGACUUUCGUGGAAUCACGUCACGUUUAGCGCGACCGGAGAAUAUGUGGCAGCCUCUACGUUUAACAACCACGAGCUAUACAUAUGGGAGCGUAAUCAUGGCAGUCUGGUCAGGAUGCUCGAGGGACCCAAGGAAGAGCAGGGAGUUAUUGAGUGGCAUCCACAUAGGGCACUGCUGGCGGCGUGUGGUAUGGAGACAGGCCGCAUCUACAUCUGGUCCGUCACGAGCCCGCAGAAGUGGUCGGCCCUCGCGCCGGACUUCAUGGAGGUCGAGGAGAACGUCGAGUACAUCGAGCGGGAAGAUGAGUUCGACAUCCAUCCCCAGGAAGAGAUAAACAAGCGCAGGCUUGAGGAGGAAGAUGAGGAUAUUGAUAUCCUGACCCUGGACCCGAGCAAAGGGUUCGAUGAUGAUAUGCAGGGCGCGGAGUUCCGGAUGCCGGUGCUGUUCAACCUGGGCGAAAGCGAUAGCGAGGAGGAGUUCGUUGCUGUGGAAAAGGGCACCGUACGGAGGCGAAGUAUGGGCGAUGCACAGGAAGGUGAGGCCGAGAGCGAGGAGAAAAAAAAAUCGGCAAAUGGAAAGCCAGCAAGAGGUAGGAAAAGAUAGCUUCCAAGGACGGAUAAUUAGGAGGCUAUCCUGGAUCAGUUAUGGUUCAUUAUGCAACGCUACCCUAAAACGUCUCAGUGUCAUACAUAAACAAGGUAGAAUAUGCAAUGGAAUCGCAGAACCCAUCUCGAAGCCCUUAAGAAUAUGAUGAACGGAUGUAUACAUCGCAGAGAUUUACCGCUAG